AUUGGACUUGCGCAAGAAGCUCCUGGUUGGAACCAUUUAGGAAGGUCUUGCUACUGAUGGAGACUCUGCACCAUCCACUGGUAAAAAUGGAAGAUGACUAUGCCUUGAGUUCAGACUCUGAGCCAAAUUCUUCUUGCAUGGCCAGCACUUGGGAUUGGAAAAAUAAUGAUGAGCGCUACUCACUUAGCCAGACCCCAUCACCUCAGAGUUUGUCCCCGGCAGUCUCCUACGAGUCUCCUUAUUCCUCCAGCUCACACACCCAAGGUCUGGAGGAGAUGCCAUUUAGCUACAGCUUGCUACAAUAUCCUUCACUUUGCCACGGAGACAACGGAGAUCUCACUAAGAAGGAUCAUGGGCAUAAACCUUCCAUGACAGUCCAACGUAGGAGAAAAGCCAGUGAGAGGGAGAAGCUACGCAUGAGGGCAAUCGCUGAGGCCCUUCACACCCUGCGCAACAAUUUACCCCCAAUGUACAGCCAAGGGAGACAACCACUCACCAAAAUCCAAACCUUAAAGUGCACCAUCAACUACAUCAGUGAACUCACAAACCUGCUCCAGUGCUCCAAGAGAGUGUGAGCUUGCUUACUAAUGAUACAGGAACUGAGGACUACUGGGUUUAACUUGGGACAAGCCAGUUUUCUGCUGAUGGACAUGUGUUUGGGGUCUUCUGCCAUAUGGAGAUAUCUCAACUGACACACAAGGCUGGAUUUACUUAGUCGUUCUGCUAAGCAGCCUCUAAAUACUCUUUAAUGUGAAGAGGUAAAAAUGACUUAAAGACUCUAUUUCUUACGCCUGCCCCUGCCAUGAUUAUGUGUGCAACUGCUGUAAAUACCCCAUGGUUUGUGUAUAUUUGAUAAUUACCCUUUAUCUUUUGCUUAUUUAUAACAAUACAGUCAUGUUCAUUUUAAAUUGGUAAAUAAAAAGACUAGUAACUUAA